GUGAGGGUCUUAGGGGCCGACCCUCCCCUCAUCUAAUCUCAGGGUCCACUCCACCACACCCCACCCUCGGAAACAUAGUUUCUCCCAUCUGUUUUCAGCGUGAUUAUAACCAGGCCCCUGAAUAGAGUGGAUGAGGUCCUUGUCUCUCUGCACCCCCCUCCCACCUCCAGCCAUCUGUCGCCGCCCCACUGCCAAAGGCUAUGAGGAUUUCUUCUUCCCCUCGGUGGAGGAGAACCGGCUCCGCUGCGUCACCAAAUGCACGUCGGGCGUGGAUGGCGCCAUCGACUGUCACCAAGGCCAGCGCCUUGUGGAGAGGAGCGGUCCCGCUCGCCGGUCCUGGGGCGGCGACGGACGUGCGAUGAGGACACUGUGGGGACGUUUUCGGACUUGGGCUUGGAGGACGAGCGAACAGUCAAGGAUGAAAACUUCCAGGUGGCCUUGGAGGACGUGGACAUCAAUGCGAGCGCGAGGGCGCCAAGGGGGGAUGGCCCCCCGCUGCUGCUUCCCAGGCCCUGGUCUCCUGUUCUGAGGCUCCAUUCCUUCUCCCUCCCGAGGACACUGGACCCCAGUUUUCCGGGGCCUCAAGAAUGAGCAGAAGUGGAGCCCUGAGAUGGAGAAGCCCUCUCAGCUCCUUGGCCUCGUUCCUCUGUCUCCCCUGUCCCCUCCCACCCUUCCUCACCGCUCCCCUCUCCCUAGCCUCGCCCCCAUCCCUGCAGUAACCUCAGGGGCCAGAAGUCCCCAGCCUCCUCUGCAGGAACAUCUCAUGUGCAGACAGGAAGCCUGCCAGCCUCCAGUUCUCCCGUGUGAACGCAAUAUGGCAUUUCUUGUA